CGCAACAGGGCCUCUGUAAGCCACAGCCGAAGAUUGACGAUGCGUAUAGAUCACAAUUUCAAGUAAAUUGAUGUUAAAAAAGAGGUUGUUUCUGAGAUGAAGACAGUAUCUCUAUUUCCACUAUCCAGUACCUGCAAACGCUCCUGCAAAUAGACAACGCUCAUAUUUUCUUUCCAAUAAUCCCCAUCAUGACUCAAACAAAAGACAACGUUCUCAUAACCGGAGCCGGCGGCUUCAUCGGCCAAGAACUCAUCACAUCUCUCCUCAACGACAUGCCCAAUGCUCACUUCACCCUCACCGAUAUCAUCACACCCCACAUUCCCUCAGGAGCUGAAAACCAGGUCACAUCCCUCAAAGCAGACCUAACAAACCCCUCAGCUGUGUCAUCCCUGCUGUCCAACCGCUUCAGCCAUGUCUACAUUCUUCAUGGUCUCAUGUCUGGAGGCGCAGAAGCCAAUCUCGACCUAGGACUUAAGAUAAACGUUGACUCAGUGCGAAGUAUCCUUGACGUGUUGAGGGUGCAGUACCCCGGCACGAAAGUUAUAUUUGCUAGCUCUUGCGCUAUCUACGGUCAGACUGAUCUUGUGACGGAGUUUGGCACACUCCCUCAGCCUAAAAGCUCCUACGGCAUUCAAAAGCUACUUGUGGAGCUUUUGAUCAACGAUUACUCCCGUCGUGGUUUCCUAGACGGACGUAUUGUCAGAUUACCCACUGUCAUCGUCCGUCCAGGUACACCCUCAGCAGCGGCAUCCAGCUUUGCGUCAGGAAUUGUCCGAGAGUCUCUACAAGGUGUACCCAAUAUUCUACCCGUUAGUAGAGACCUCGAGCUUUGGGUCUGCAGUCCGGCAACAGUUAUCAAGAAUCUCAUCAAGAUCAAAGACGUUCCAAAAGAGAAGUUUGGCGAUUCGAGAGUGGUCAACUUGCCAGGUAUUACAGUCACGGUGCAGGAAAUACUCGAUGCUCUGAAAGAGGUUGGUGGUGAGAAGGCGCUUGCACAAAUUGAGGAGAAGAGGGAUCCGGCGAUUGAGGCAAUUGUAAAUAGUUGGCCGGCGAGAUUUGACGUAUCCAGGGGUUAUGGUCUUGGACUUGAGGCUGAUGGAAAGGUCUUGGAUGCUGUUAAGGCGUUCCAGGCAAAGAUUGCCAGGGCUUAG